UGGCUUCGCUCCAACUUCAAAUUGGAGAAGGGGUUGCACCCCCAUCAAGGGCGCCGCGUAUCUACUCGUCGCCCCCCUCGUGUAUGUGUCUUUCUGACGCGUGACAAUGGCAGGCAUCGAUCGCGAAAAUGUUCAGGAUCAGCCAUUGUGGUUUAUUCAAAACGCGUCAUGCGUGUUGAAAAAACUGCUGGUCGUGUGAGUCUCCUUUUUUUUUCUGCUAGUGUGUAUGUUUGCCGUAAAAAAGGAACGAGGGGGCACCUCCGUGCCUAUGAGAGAAUGAUGAGUGAGAAGCGGCCUGAAUAAUGGACAGGCCGGCGCCGGUCGGCGUUCAACAUGUCACUCAUUGUCGGAUGAGAAGAAAAAACUGCAGCGGGUCAAGAAGUUGAGAGAGAUACACCACGACAACCGCUUACCUGCUACAACAGGGGAUCGGCCCACCUCUAAGAGGUUUUCCGGCGUUUGUCAUGCGAGAUUUUCCUCCUGGGUCUGGAUUUCGAUUUCAUGAUUAACUGCUCUUAUCCAGACUUGCACUUGUAAGAAGCGCGACGAUGACAAAAGUAAAGAUGCGUGAAGACUAUUUAACUUGAGUGUGGUGUUGGGGAACACGCUGACAGGACAUCGAUCAGCCAUUGGUUUGUCCUUGUUCCAUACCCAAUCGCAUUACGGACGAGUGCUCUCGUCCUGGGAGGAUGACAACGGCUACGCUGCUCUCGUCUUGCAGCGUAUGACGCGGCACAAUUGGUCGUGGUAGUGCAAACAGUGCAUAUCGGGUUUUUCAACGCUUCGAGAUUAAAAUGCAUUGAUUGCCAGCACCAGCCCGGGAUGGCUGCGGAGCAGGAAACUAUGUAUAGAGAAACCUAAAUUCGGUCGUUGACAAACUGUUUCUUGUGGCCCACCAAUUUCGCCGUCCAUACCAAUCGGGCUCAUCUUUGAAAGGGCCGCCAGAUGAGAGGGACUCGCGCAUACCAUCAACUGGCUCGACGACCCGAAUAUGGCACGACAUCACGGACUCGUCGCGGGGAAGAAGACGAAAACAGCUCUUCUUCCCAACGAAGCUCCUCACAACCUGCGCACUGCUUUCCUCUUCCUUCACACCCAAAAAUACCCUCGCCGCGAAAAUCGCCGGGAAGAAAGCAGACGCUUCUGUCGUGAAAAAGGCAUCAACUACCGCAGGUCGUGUUGCAGCGAGUAAACUCACGAAGAUGGAUGUUGAAAAAGCAAAAACUUCUAAAACAUCCGUCCAGAUGAAGUCAGCAAUACAAAUGAAAGCCGAACAUCAAGCUGCAGCAAAGAAGGCCGAGGCGGAGCGAGCUGAAGCGAAACGAGAAUUGCAGAAGAUCCGGAAGGAGAAAGCCGCGGCGGCGGCGCAGACUAUGCUGUGUAAAAACGUCCCCACCUCCCCAGAGUUGUCACGCAAAUCUGCAUGCCAAAAGCAAUUUGUCAUGUGGAGCCCCAUGAGAAGCAUUGUCUAUUCGUAUUCGGGAAUUUGUGAUGCUAGAAUCAGCUGCAGCAUGAAAUGAUAUGCUGGAUCUGUGAUGCUACUUCUGAACUAGCGAAACAGGAUUACACUACGAAGAAAAACUUGUCAUGCGAAACAACCAAAGCUGGUGGAUUUGUAUAGCAGGUUUUGCAUCAGCAUCUUGACUCUGGUGUGGGGACGGUUUUACUGACGAUACAGACCGAGCUGAAGUUUGCGCCGGAAGCGCUGCUGGAAGAAGAGAUGACAUUGGAGGAACAAGAAGCGGCCAUGAAGCCGUAUGGCUUGCAAAUAUGUCUGGGUCUGGAAACUUGUAAUGCUAGUAAAAGUGAAUGGUAGACGGUAGGCACACUGCAAUACGCAGCUACGCAUGACAAAUUUUUUGGCUCCCAUGUCUUACGUAUUCCGCAUGGCAAACUGCGUUUUUGCAUGACAGGUAAGCGGGCCCUUUCGUGCCUAUGCAACACAGAUUCUCGAGUCAUGCCAGACAAGCAUGACAAACUUGCAUUCUUCCAGACCCAGACAAUAAAUUUUGCACUUGAUAAGCCGCAAGACCCGGCCACGGCGGUGAGUUUGCUGCAAACGACCAGGAACCGGGUCAUUUCCAGCUUGGAAAAAGAAAUUGCCGACAUCGACAAGGAAGCGAGCAAACACAAGGCGCAAAAUAUCACAGGAAAAAAGUGUUAAUACAGUUACACAUUUGUUGGAAUUUCAGCAUCACAAGUUUUCCCUGUGUGACGGAGAAAACCUGUGAUGCGCAGACUAUGAGGGAAAACACGAAUGAAAUGAGGCUGGCAAGCAUUUCCUGCAGGACAGAGGUUGUCUGUCUUGCUUGUCUUCCAUUAGACUGUGUAACUGUAGCACUUUUUUCUCGUGAUACAAAACACCUACACGGAAAACGGCAUGCGGGUAUUGGGGUUCGAAGAGAUGCGGAAAAUCUUUCUCCAUGACAACCUCGCGGCGGAAAAAACCAGAGACAACGGUAUAACCCGCUCAGGCGUUACAAUCUCAAACGAUACAAUACAAUCUGAGAUUUGUCUUGCGUGAUGAGCAUGACAGACUCGCAGAGCGUUCCACUUUCUGUAAUACAAAUUUCGCCAGAUUGUAGUGGGGUUUGAGGCUCCGGAACUUGUCAUGCGCAAUCCCAUAACAGUUUGCUAGAUCAUGCACUCCUGCAACACAGAUUUCCAUAUUCUAUAUGUAACGUUUGAGAUUGUAGCACCUGAGCGGGUUAUAAACGGGGAAGACGACAAUUCGGGAGAAGGAGCAGGACAGACGAUCGAGAGACUCGGGCACCAGCACCACGGGAAGAAGCGCAAUGGUCACGGCAAGAGCCGGGUGGAGAAGGCAAAACACACAUCGACAUCGUCGAAUCAAAAACACAAACACACGGAUGAACUUGAACGCGACGACAAGAAACAAGACGCAGAGAUGAACAAACAGCACUCCAUAUCGUAUUUAAAAACGUCCCCACCCCAUUAGUUGUAAUGCAAAUCUGCAUGCUGAAAAUGUUUCUCAUGCGGAGCCCCAUGAGAGGCGUUUUCUAGUCGUGUUUCGCAAUUUGUCAUGCUCCAAUCAGCAUGAUAUACUAGAUCUGUGAUGCUGCUGAACUAGCUCAAACAGCACUACGCUACGAGCCAAAAUUUGUCAUGCACGGCAGCCAAGACUUGUGGAUUUGUCUAGCCGAUUCCCCAUCUUGACUAUGGGGUGGGGACGUUUUUACACAGGAUACUCCAACCUGACAGGACAGAACAAACCGGGCCAGAAGGUCGCGUUUCUGGAAGUAGAAAAGGACCAGCUGGCGAGUACCAUAUGUAAAAACGUCUCCACCCCAUAGUCAAGCUGGGAACUUAGCAACACAAACCCAAAAGCUUUGGGAGCAACGCAUGACAAAUUCCAGUCCGUAGUGUAGUUCAGUUUAGCAAGUGCAGCCGCAUCACAAAUCCAUCUGCUCAUCCCGUUUACAGCAUAUAGAAAUUGUUCCAAAACGCCACUGGAAACGCCUCUCAUGGAGAUGCGCACUACAAAUCUUCCUGUAAUCGCAAAUCUGCAUGACAACUAUGGGAUGGGGCGGACGUUUUUACUCAGGAUAGCGAGCCAGGGAAUUGUACAGGAAGACCUGCAGUCGAAGUUUGAGAAGCACAUGCACAAAGUCGUCAGUGACGAGUCUUCCUCUGACGAGAAGUACUACUGGCUCAGCAAAAACCGCAAGGUAAGAAAUGACGGCGCCGAAGUAUGUAUUGCAAAAGAAGUUGUAUUUUUGCGGUAGUACUAGAAAUUGCAACUGCCUCUAUGCAACAUGAGCAUGACAGAUUUGCUUGCUAUCCUGGAUCUGCAUGACAAGUUACAAAUUUUCUGAGAAAAUUUGUAUUGCAGUUUCUACUACGUGCCUAACUUUUGCAAUGCAUACGCAACGUCUGGCGACGAUGACAUGGACUGGGACGAGACGCGCACGUCGCGGGAAGGAGACCUGGCUAUGCUCUGCAAAAGUAUCGUACUGGUGGUGGUAAUUGCUGCUAUGCAUGACAAAUCUCCUCCCUAAAGUAAAACAGCAUUACAAAUUUUUUUUGUAAUGCUAAGCAAAUUUGUAAUGCAAUUACUACUAGUGGCGCGAUACUUUUGCAAUGCAUACUAUCUUUGCUGCAGCAAGAGGCAGCAGACACCGCCAUGACGAAGCUGUCCUCGGUAUCCUGAGUAAAAACGUACCCACACCAGAGUUGUAAUGCAAAUCUGCAUGCUGAAAAUGUUUCUCAUGCGCAGCCCAAUUAGAAGCAUUUUCUACCCGCCUUUUGGAAUUUGUCAUGCUCCAAUCAGCAUCUUAUGCUAGAUCUGUGAUGCUGCUGAGCUAGCUCAAACAGCACUACACUACGAAUCCAAAUUUGUCAUGCAAAACGGCCAAAGCUUGUGGAUUUGUCUAGCCGAUUCCCCAUCUUGACUCUGGUGUGGGUACGUUUUUCCUCAGGAUACUCGGCCGACGCCAGGUAUCUCCAAGGGAUGGAAGCUGCUGUAUCAAAAGGAACCCCCCCCCAACUAAGACGGAGAUUUGUGUAGCAUGAUUUGCUACCACAAAUCAUGUUGUCAUGCUAGAAGGCAAAAGAUGCGGGCUGUAGUGCUGGCUGGCGUGGGAAAGCCUUGCAUCUUCCGCAUGACAGGAGGCGAGUGGAAGUGGGAAACAGCAUGACAAAUAUCCUGCAAUUCAGGUCGCAAUUGCGUCGGUUGGCCUUUUAGCAAUACAAGUCGACUUGUGUACGCAAAUCCAGCAUCACAAAUGUGCUUUCCAAUACGGGGAAGGGGGGGUUUUCCUCGCAAUAUGAUUCGCGGGCGGCCGGGCUUGACGAGGACGAGGGGAAUGAUCCGUCGCCAGAAAACGACCCGGCAGUGAAAGAAGACGACGACGAUGAUGAUGCGGCCAACGGGGGCGAAAGUAAACACACUGCUGAAUUGAAGAAGCAGUACUGGAUAUUGUGAGGGAAAAUGUCCCCACACCAGAGUCAAGAUGGAAAAUCUGCUAGACAAAUCCACCAGCUGUGGCUGCUUCGCAUGACAAGUUUGUCCUCGUAGUGUAAUCCUGUUGAGCUAGUUCCGGAGCAUCACAGAUCUAGCAUAUCAUGCUAAUUUAGCAUCACAAAUUCCAAGACACGGUUAGAAAAUGGCUCUCAGUCUCAUGGGGCGUCGCAUGAGAAACUUUCUUGGCGUGCAGAUUUGCACGACAACUCUGGGGUGGGGACGUUUUUACUCAGAAUACUGGAUGUCAAAAAAGCGGCGAGGUGGUGGGGCGAACAAAGACGUGCCGUCCGGCCCCCCGCCCGAAGAUGUGAAGAAGGAGCUCGAGCGUCGCAACGGUCCGAUGUUUUUAUCAAAUGCAAAUAUGUCUAGGUCUGGAUGGAUGCAAUACCAAUAUGUUUGCCAUGCACAUUUUGCAUGACUCCUAAUGUCUGUGAUGCAUGCCCUAGCAUCACAGAUUUUAUGAGGGCUUCUUGAUGUUGCGUAUACCGCAUCAGAAUUGCCCUCUCGCCAGGGCAAAGACUGGACCUCUUUUGCUAUGUAUGCAAUACAGAUUUAUUGUGGAAUCCAAAUCCAGCAUCACAAGUUGCAUCCUUCCAGACCCAGGCAUAUUUGCAGUUCAUAGCUUUCCACGUUCGCCAAUAUGGCGGGGAGAAACUACAACAAGCUCGUUUUGUUUCAGAAGAAGAAGUAUGCAUUGCAAAAGUAUCGUACUCGUAUUGCAGACAUGCAUCACAAAUCUUCUUCUUAAGGUAAAUCAGUAUUACAAAUUUUAUUUCUCAUGCUGAGAAAAUCGAAAUUUGUAAUGCAUUUAUACGAGUGCGAUGCUUUUGCAGCGGAUAAGAAGGAAGAAAAACAGCGACAGGAAGAGGAGCGUAAAAAGCUUAUCCUGAGCAAAAACGUACCCACACCAGAGUUGUAAUGCAGAUUUGCAAAGAAAAGAAGACUUGUAAUGCACAUCCCCAUGAGAGCCAUUUCCAAUCUUGUUUUGGAAUUUGUGAUGCUGUGAACAGGAUGAGCAGAUGAAUCUGUGACGCGGCUGCACUUGCUAACCUGCACUACGCUGCAUCGUGCAACUUGUCAUGCGUGACUCACAAACUUCCUAGGUUUGUGUUGCAAAACCCCAUCCUGACUCUGGUGUGAGUACGUUUUUCCUCAGGAUAAAGCUGGACGAGGAAGAAAAAGCCGCAGAUGGAGGUGCUGAGCCGGAAGUUGGGCAAGUACUAGAUAGUGUGCAGAAGAACAGGGCAGAAGCCACAGCUACUACGUCCUCGCAGGGAGAACACCUACAUCAGACAGAACUGUUGAAAACGCCCAGUAAAAUUAUUCGUCCGGCUGUUCAAAAAGUAGGAGAGGAAGAUCAAGACCACGACGAAGAUAGCGGCGUCAGUGAAAGAACUACGAGUAGCAAGAACAGAAUUAUACCAACUCGGGCUGCAAACGCAAAGGUAGAUGAUGAAAAGAACACCGCCUUGAUAUCGUGAGGAAAAAUCCCCCCUCCCCAUAUCGAAACGAAGUUUCUGAUGCUGGAUUUCCGUACACAAAUUAGAUUUGUCUUGCAGUAGAGGACUGCCGGCAUAUGUCAAGCCUCAGCCGAGAGGUUUUGCCGUAGGCGCCUAGCAUGGCAAACGUGUAUGCUCUAAGCCCAACAGCAUCACAAACCGCCUGCAAAAUGCGGGGCGCUCUCUAGACUUGCCCUCUUGCAAGACAGACAGGAUUUGAGGUCACAAAUGCGCAUCACAAAUUUUCAGACGGAUACGCUUUCAAUAUGGGGAGGGGGGAUUUUUCCUUACGAUACUUGAACAACAAUCAGGAGAACUGGCCGCAUCUAGAGCUUCCGGCGGUGGAGAAAGUUUCAUCGUCAGCAACUACAUCUGGUGCAGCUUUCCAUGAUGCGCAUGCCUCCUCGUCGACUUUUGCAACGGCUUUGCUGCAGGAUCAAAAAGACAAAUCCGAGACCGAAGCAGAAAAGAAUCGGAGGGAGUCGGUCGAGGAGGAUCGAGAACUUCUAGGCGUGCAGGCGGACGAGAAAGGAUCAGAAACCGACAAGGAUGAGUCAAAAUCAGCGAAAGAACAAAACGAAGUCGAGACCGGUACUGAUACGUCGGAAGUUGUAGGCCGCUCGGAAAAGGGGACUGACGCUGAGGCAGCUGCAAAUAACGAAGGUGAGUCAGGGAAAGAAGAGAAGGAGACUGAGACAGCUACUGCAGAAGAAAAUGAAAAUGAUAAUAAAGCCGCCGCAGACCAGCACGAGGACAAAAAAUCGUCCUCUGCACUUCACGAGGCGAUUACAAAAAAGAAGAACAAGGAUAUCCAAGAAAAAAACUGUGUAAGUGUAAGUUUCUUGGAGGAAUAGCAUCACAAGUUUGCUCUGCAUGACACAGAAAACCUGUCAUGCGUAGCUGGUACGUCAAAACACGCACGAAGAUUGCCUUUGAUGCAUGUCCAGCAUGACAAGUGUAACAGGUUUGCAUUUUCUGCAACACAAAGUUACACUUACACAGUUUUUUUCUUGGAUAAAGGAGAACUUCAUGGAAACCGAAAGAACCAUGAUCCAGACCCGGUCGAAAGAGGCGAUCGCCGCGGACUUGAAGCAUCAACCGCAAACAUGUCUGGGUCUGGAAGAGAAGUGCCAGACUUGUCAUGCAGAUUUUCCAUGACCCACGAGGUCUGGUAUGUAGGACACAGCAUUACAGAUUCUGUGAGAGUUUCAUCAUGGCUAUCCUGCAUGAGAAAUUGCCUCUCGAUUAGGUCGAAAGUGGCCAGCUUUUGGCAAUCACGCAACACAGAUUUUUACAUGAUUCAGAUUUAGCAUGGCAGGUUGCUUUGUUCCAGAUGAGCCAGACACAUUUGCAUUUGAUAUGAAGAAGCACACCGCGAAAUACGGCUACACGGCGGAAACCGCGGCGAAGAAAUUCGACAAGGAUCUACUGUAUCAGAUGCAAAUAUGUCUGGGUCUGGAAGAAUGCAAGAUUUGCCAUGCUCGGCUAGCAUGAGUCUCAAGUCUGUCAUGCACGUUACCCAAGAGCCUCGCUUUUCUGUCAUGCGGAAACGCAGUUUGUCAUGCAGAAUAGAGUACACCGACCAGCUCAGAAACUUGUCAUGCUGGAACGGCAAUUGCGGCACCCUAAUCAUUCGCCAACCAGCAUCCCAACUUUCCAGACCCAGACAUAUUUGUAUUUGAUAGACUGGAGGCGAUGGAGCAGCAGAACAAGUUCCUCGUCUCUACCGACGCAAACAAAGCGCACCAGAACAUUGUCGAUUACAUAUCCGCAGCAAAAACGCUCCCACCCCAGAGGUGUCAUGCAAAUGCGCAAUGACACAAGCAUUUGUAAUGCGCAUCUGCGUGAGAGGCAUUUCCAAUCGUGUUUUGGAAUUUCUAAUGCUGUAAACACCAUGAAAAAAUGGAUUUCUCGUGCGGCUUUCCUUGCUAACCAGUACUACCCUGCAGAUGAGAAUUUGUCAUGUAGAACUUCCAAAACUUGGAGAUUUGUGUUGCAGAUUUCCCAGCAUCUCGACUCUGGGGAGGUGGGGACGUUUUUGCGCAGCAUAUUACAUGACAAAUUUCGAUAACGCGCAGAGUCACAAUUACCAGCAGGUGUUGUGGCCGAAUCUGGAAUAUGCAGUGCAAAAGCAUCGUACUCGUAUGAAUGCAUUACAAAUUUCUCCAGCGUGAAAGAUAAAAUUUGUAAUGCGGAUUUACCUUAAGAAAAAGAUUUGUAAUGCAAGACUUGCAUUUAUACGAAUGCGAUACUUUUGCAGUUCAUAUGGAACCUCCGUCGGAGCAGCAGGUGACGGAUUUUAUCACAGCAAAAAGUGUUAACGUUAACGGAGUUUGUGAUGCAUUGAACAUCAUGCCGAAAGUUGUAAUGCAUAGCAUGCACCAUAUUGGGUUACAUUUGCGAUGCAUGACUGCAAUCUGUGCAAACCGUUCACGUUGUUGACGCUUUUCCUUGUGAUAGAUUUUACGGUGAAGUUAUCCUCUGUGUUCUCCGCCGCGACGAAUGGGACGAAAUGCCACGAUAGCGAUAUGCUGGUAUGGUUGAAUUCAUUUUCAGAUAAUUUCGUUUCCGUUUUUGACGUUUUGGUGUUUUAGGAGUUUGGCAAUGAAAGAUCGUCGACGAUAUGAACAUGAUCAUGAUCACCAUCUUGCAUAUAUGAACCGCAGUACAAGUAGAAAUCGAGGUACUUAUACAUGCAAAAAGUAGAACCUCUUCUACAACGAACUCUCACAGUCCGCCGACUCCUUUUGUCAGACGAAGCCAGAAAUCGCUCCGUAUCUGCAAAUCGACUUCGGGGAUAAAAUCCCGAUCACGAAAGUCCAGCUCUACGCGAGGUCGCAGAACUGCGCGCGGCUGCUCUUCAUGAGCCGGGAUCCUGGGACAAACGGGGAUUUGGACAAGUGGCCAGAUGACGCGAGUUUAGACCAAGCGGAACUGGACAAGGACUGUUCCGAAGACUGGCAGGCGAACGCAAAUUUGGUGGUCGGUUUGUCGAACACACAGUGUCUAGAUGAAGGGCCCGGAGGAAAUUACGCAAGUGGGUACGGGUGUCAGGGGUAUAGAAUAGAACAUGCUGUUAUGCAAUUACGCCAGCGAAAUCUGUCAACAAGACCCGAUUUUCAACAAAACGAAAAACUUUUUUUGUAUCAGGCGAAUGGGGCAGCCCGGCCCGAAAAAGUUUCUAGCAUUCGCCACCGCUACGACGCGCGCUAGCUUUUUCCGGCCUCGCUGACUUAUGAAAAAGUGCGCGCGCGCUAGCUGGUGGCGCGGGGCAGCUAGAUUGCUUGUGGCCGUGCGUGUGGCUUCACCAUUGCCGCCCCGGGUCAGAGACAUACCCAACCGGCGAUCGCAGGCCAUCAGCUGCGAUUGCCGGAUGCCCUCAUGAACGACCACCAGAACCCCGGGGCGCAGGCGUUUUAGCUGUCUGGCCUCCCGUUUUGCAGCGCUGCUUCGCCUCGCCGAAGGCUCGCGCCCUGUGCUUCGCUGGGGGCUUCCAUACGAACCCGCCAGGCGCGGAAGGCUCGGAAGCGGCCACCCGGCCGCCUGCGGUGGGGCCCUCCCAAAAAAUGAAACGGCACGCGCCAGCGCCGCCCAUCUCGGGCGAGGCUUUGGCGGCGCAUGCGGCCGGCCCGGCCAUGCAGCGGCCCGCGGGCCAACCCGCGGCAAAGAUUCGCUGCGCGGGAGCCCGACAGCUAGUUGCCAUCCGGCCGGCGGGCGAAGGGCCGGGCGGCCGGCCGGCCGGGCCGUCCCUUGACCCCGGCCCUUGACCCCGGAGCUCGCCGCGAUUUUCCCGGGAUUUUGAAGCCCAAAAAUGACCCAAAAAUGGCCGCCAAAUCGAAUGAGAUAGCCCCUUAACGUUUUUGAUCAACAAGACAGGGAAAAUGGCCGCGAGUCGACCCCGAUUGUUGGCGUGAGUGCUCGGAAAGGCCCGGCCGUGUCGCCGAGGCUUCUCGGAGAAGGCAUCCCGAGCCGGAUCGCGGUUGCCUGGCUUCUUGGGUUGCGUGGGUGUGGGGUGGCAUCGGGCACGCAGCUGGCUGCCCGGCGCGGCUGUGCCGCCCCUCGAUGCGAAAGCGGAAGCGUAGUGGGCGCAGGUGGGCGGCCCACAUUCGCCGACCGCGCCAGGUUUCGGAAGGGGGCACGGGGGCGGGGGGAAGAAUUUGUGCCUUGGGAGGAUUCCCAACGUGGCCCGCGUCGCAGCCGCAACGAGCUGCAGAAAAAGCGCAAGCGGGGCAAAGGAAGCCAAAGCACAGCCGUGCGCCCAAAGGUAGCUGCGUUGUGCAUGCCCCAGCCCAAGGCCCCGAAGGUGGGAGAUGGGCCCUGCGCCGCUAUGAGGCUUCAUGACUUGCACGGCCGGCGUGGUAGACGAAGCGCACAAAGUGCUUGAGGUGGAAGCGGGUCGACGCUUGUCGCGCGCAACUAGAGGCGUAGUAUGCCCCUUGGGUGUCAUCAACAGUGCCAGGCCCUGCGAGCCCCAGCAACAAGAGGCGACCGCGCCAACUCCCUUCGCCUUAUUAUCGGGAGAGGCGCGAGACCCAAAUUUUUUUUUUCGUUUUGUUGAAAAGAAGGUCUUGUUGACAGAUUUCGCUACCGUAGCAAUACAAAUUUCCCGUACAUGUACAAGGUGCAUCACAAAUUUCACCACUUUGGAUCGUAAAACUUGUCAUGCUAAACUAGGAUCGAAGCCAAGUUUUGUCAUGCGGACACCGCAUUUGUAUGUGUACGGGAAAUUUACUGCGGAUCGCUGUGGCGUGUUUCGUUUUUUCUCCUCGACGUGUCGUUUUGAGAAUCACAAAUACAAAAGCAAAAACGUGAUCAAUUCUAAUUCUGUUAUGAAUAUAAAAAUCAAGCAUGAACAAGACGAAAACGAUAUCCUGAGUAAAAACGUACCCACCCCAGAGUUGUCAUGCAAAUCUGCAUGCCAAAAAGGUUUCCCAUGCGGAGCCCCAUGAGAAGCAUUUUCUAGUCGUGUUUUAGAAUUUGUGAUGCUCUAAUCAGCAUGAUAUGCUAGAUCUGUGAUGCUGCUGGAGGUAGCUAAACAGGAUAAGGAUUACACUACGAGGAUAAACUUGUCAUGCGAAACAACCAAAGCUGGAUGAUUUGUCUAGCAGAUUUCUCAUCUUGACUCUGGUGUGCGUACGUUUUUACUCAGGAUAAACGAUCAAACCAGCUACCCCGCCGCGGCGAAUGCCGACGGGAACUUCCCGCCGUCAAAAUUCGACCUGUACGAGUGCAAUUUGCCAUAUGGCGUUCUCAAAUGUUACAUUCUCAGCUGUUACAUGAUUUGUAAUGCAAAACCACAAUCAGAAUCGACGCGAGCAAGCUGCUUCGCAUGACAAAUUCUCGAAGAGCCAAACAGGCUGAGAAUCUUUGCCAGAUCUGUCAUGCAAGACCCGCAAGGUGACCCCUUUCAGUUUUGCCAUUCUUGCAUCGCAAAUCCGUGUAACAGUUGAGAAUGUAACGUUUGAGAACGCCAUAUGCCGCUGUCCUUAUCCUCGAACCAAACUACGAAACUGAAGCACUUUGGCGAUAACGCGGAGUUAUGCAUUGCAAAAAUAUCUUACUCGUAUGAAUGCAUUACAAAUUUCCUGAGCUUGAGAAGUGAAAUUUGUAAUGCGGAUUUACCUUAAGAGGGAGAUUUGUAAUGCAUGAUUGCAAUUACUACGAGUGCGAUACUUUUGCCUAGGAUAGGAGUCCACUUUGAUGGCCGAGUUUGACUGCGAGACCCGGAUCGCGAGGUAUUUGUUUAUCGAACUCCCCCCGGCUUUUGCGGACGCGAAGCGGUUAGGCAAUACAAAUUUCCCGUACAUGUACAACAUGCAUCACAAAUUUCGCCAAUUUGGAGCGUAAAACUUGGCAUGCUAAACAAGGAGCGAAGCCAAGUUUUGUCAUGCAGAGACCACCAAAUCUGUAGUGUACGCGUGCGGGGGGAAAUUAUUUACUGUGGAUAGCGGUACUUGGCUUUGAACGAAGUGAAGGUGUACGGGCGGUACGAGGGGUUCCGGCCCUAUGUGAAUCCGAUGCCGUGUAUCCAAG